GGCACCGACGUGCUGACGUAGGACGUGUGAACAACAAACAGUUGUUGGACUUCAAUAAGCUAGCGAAUGGUAACGCCAGACAAAAACAGCUCCAGCGUACUUCUCCGGGACAGGAAGACACCAGCGAUACCUGUGCGAUCGGGACACUUUUAUGAUCCUGUCAUUAUUGGCACAAUCUGUACCGGCAGGUGUAGCUUCGUUCCGGCUCCCUGCGCUAACGUUAGCCCCUGAAACAUGCUCAUUGCUCGGAGUGUGACGCCUGUUUUUUUUCUGGCUGCCGCUGGUCGAGGGUUGUGAUGUGAGCUGACUUGCACCGCGACAGAGGGUGAGACGGGAGCUACAGCCGGAAAAUAUUUGUCUUAACACAGGAGAAUGGACUUUGUCGGGGCUAAACGGACGGGCUCACGCGAAGAAGCAGGCAUGCGACCGUUGACGGGCCUGGACGUCAUUGUCGGGCAACAACUUUAGCAAGCUAGCUAACAUUAGCUCGAUUAAAUUCAUGCAAAUGAAUCGGUUUAGUGUCGGGCAGUAAGCUCACUUUGCUAGCGUAAUGGAGGCACCCUGAGUGACUUAUUCGUUUCAAUUGACUGUCCUGGUGCUCAUUAAUAUUGCUGGCAAUGUGCUGACGACCAGUAAGCCUUUCGUUGGUUCCCAUUUGCAGCAGUAGGACACGGUUGGCCGAAAUUGUUAAGUGGUGGUUGGCUGUCUGGGUGAUAGCUGAGCAAAGUUGCCCAGUUUGGCAUAUAAAUAAUUACUGCAACAGUAUCUGUUUCACACAGGUAUCGCACAUUUCUCGUACUGAUAAGUGUGUGAAAUUGCACUUUAAUUGGCGCCAAAGUCACCUGUGAUUUGUGGUUUGAAAAGUAUCAUUUAAAUCAAAUUCAGUAAAAAUACUGGUGUUGUAUUCUGAUUGCACUUGAAUACACGACCAGGAUAGGUGCACGUCUGUAUCUUAUUGUGAGGACAAAGACAGGCUUAUCCAUGUCAGUUGGCACCUAGUUACUGUUUAACUUAAUAUCUAGGCUGUCUGGCACAGUUAAAGACUGAGUUUCACUGGAAAUGAAAACAUGAAUAUCGAGGAGCAGUGUCUAGAUUUGUGCAAUGUCAAGACCAAAAGCAAUGUCGACGUCGAUCACAACACUACCAACAACACAGAAGGGGUCACCCCCCGGAUCUCUGAACUGAUGACGGACAGUGACACGGAAAAACAAAACAUUGUUCCAACAGAGGCCUCCGAGACAUACCUGAUGCCUCAGCUUACUGACAACCUUCAGCCGGCUGAGGAGGAUAACCACCAGGCACAAAACACACUGGAAAUUGAUGAGGUCAAUGGAAAUAGAAAGAGCAGCACCCAAGACACCCCUGCGGGAGUGAACCCCACUGACUUGAUCUUUUCUAAUGAAGAGCAGCACAGGGACAAUAUUGGGGUGGAGGAAAUGAAGGAAGAGAAGGACGCCGAACCUGCAAAGCUUGUUGUGGGAGAAGGGGACGAUGGUGGGGACAUGGACAUAGGUGUGGAUCUGAGUCUCGACGAGAGUGGGGUUUUGGAGGCUGAAUCGACAAAUGCCAGAUCGCUCAUAGACAAUACUUUAGACUCGGAGUCUCAGGAUGUCCUAGCUGGCAGCAUGACAGAGAGCCCGUCAGAUGCAGGCCAGACAUGCAUCACAGAGGCUCCUGCCACAGACCAGGCUGGACUGUACCCUUCGGUAGAGGAGGUGGACGAUAAACACAAACCAGGUGGCAAAAGGGUGACGUUUCCCUCAGAUGAGGAUAUUGUCUCCGGAGCAGUGGAGCCCAAAGACCCCUGGAGACAUGCUCAAAAUGUGACGGUGGAGGAGAUCCUCUCUUCCUACAAACAGGCCUGUCAGAAACUCAACUGUAAACCCAUUCCCAAAGUGCUCAAACAGAUACAGGAACUGAAAGACCUGACACAGCGAAAUGAAUGCUUAGAUCUAAAAGGUGAGAAGCUGGACUACAAAGCAUGUGAGUCUCUGGAAGAGGUUUUGAAAAGGGUCCAGUUCAAAGUGAUAGACCUGGAGCAGACAAACCUGGAUGAAGAUGGUGCAUCAGCUCUGUUUGACAUGAUCGAGUAUUACGAGUCAGCCACGCAUCUUAACAUCUCCUUCAAUAAGCACAUUGGCACACGAGGAUGGCAGGCCGCCGCUCAUAUGAUGAGAAAGACGAGCUCUCUGCAGUACCUCGAUGCACGUAACACUCCCUUGCUGGACCAUUCGGCUCCCUUUGUAGCUCGAGCGCUAAGGAUCAGUGGCAGCCUGGCAGUCCUCCACCUGGAAAACGCUGGCUUGUCUGGCAGGCCGCUCAUGUUACUGGCCACAGCUCUGAAGAUGAAUAUGAACCUGCGGGAGUUGUACCUGGCAGACAACAAACUCAAUGGCCUCCAGGACUCAGCCCAACUUGGGAACUUGCUAAAGUUCAACUACAACAUUCAGAUCCUGGACCUGCGCAACAACCACAUCCUCGACUCUGGUCUGGCCUACGUGUGCGAAGGACUAAAAGAGCAGAGGAAAGGCCUCGUCACUUUGGUGCUAUGGAACAACCAGCUCACACACAAUGGCAUGGGCUACCUCGCUGCUGCACUGCCAUGCACCCAGAGUCUGGAGACUCUGAACCUCGGCCAUAACUCGGUGGGUAACGAAGGGGUCCACAAGCUGAAAGACGGACUGAUUGCCAACCGCUCUGUGCUGAGACUGGGCCUCGCUUCCACCAAACUGUCCUGCGAAGGAGCUGUGGCGGUGGCUGAAUUCAUCGCAGAAAGCCCCAGACUGCUGCGUCUCGACCUGAGAGAGAAUGAGAUCAAGACAGGCGGAUUGAUGGCGCUGUCACUCGCCCUUAAAGUCAACACGUCUCUGCUGCGUCUCGACCUCGACCGGGAGCCCAAGAAAGAAACUGUAAAGAGCUUCAUUGAGACCCAGCGUGCACUUCUGGCUGAGAUCCAGAAUGGCUGCAAGAGGAACUUCAUCCUGGCAAAGGAGAAGGAGGAAACAGAGCAGAAGAUGAGGCAGUCGGCAUCCAUGGCUGAAAUCGCCACAGAGGAUGGAACCACAGAAGAAGAGGAGCAGCCAGCAGCGGAUGAGAGUGGAGGCACAGAGGGGAAAGCAGGCAAAACAACAGGAAAAGAAGAACAGCCAAGCAGCCAGGCAGGAGCGAGCGCUGAGACAGUUGUUCCGAAAAUGACCCUGGAGUCAGAUUCAGACACUGAGGAUGAAGAGGAGGAGGUGGUGACAAAGUCCACUUCUUCCACUCGCUUAAACCAGCCUGCUCCUCAAACCCAGAACCAUCCCCUCAGUGCCUCACAUACGUCCUCGUCCACCUCGGCCUCACCUAACGGCAGGCUGAGUGUCAUUUCCAGCAUCACCGUCACGGAAUCCACAGCUCCUCCAGGCACCCCUCCAUCCCCUGGUCGCUGUAUAUCUGUCUCCAGUCCAGGGAGGGGUCAUAAGAUCUUCAUGGUAACGCGGGUGGAGAGCCCGCCUGAGCAGCAGCUGUUACAACUCCAGCUGAGCAAACCUCCAGCUUCCAGCCAGGUUACAGAGGCAUCAAAGAAGCCUGCAGAUGCGAACACACCCAUGACACAGCAGACGCCGCCGCCCUCAUCCCAAACACAACUGACACAGGAGGAGGUGAAGGAGAGCUUGCACGCUCCGUCAACAGACUGUAAACUGAUGGAGCAGAGUACUGUAGCGCCAAAUACAACUCUAGGGCCACAGUCUGCCAGCCAACCCACAGAGGAUGAGACUGCUAGCACUUUAGACCCAGAAGUGACGGACCCAAGUCAACAAGCACCAGCCCUGCCUUCAGAGUCCUCAUCAGUGCAGCUCACUGAGGAGGCAACAGAGAGCACUGAGAGCCCCCAGCAUGAGCCCACUUGUGUAGAAGGAAAGAAGGAAGAAGAUGACGAAGUUUUUAGAGAGGUUGAGGGACAGAUGAUCCCCCCUGAUAGCACAGAAGGAGAGUGUAAACAGUUGGACGAACUGAGUCACACUCAGAUUAGUAUCCCCGUGGGAGAAACGCAGCAGCAGCAGCCGUUAACAACAGCUCUCGGACAGCUACAGAAUGAGCUAGAAUCUGCAUCAGAGGAGAAACAGUCACAGAAACAAACAAAGGAAGAAGAAGAAAAAGAAGAGGAGGGGGCACUGGAGGAAGAAAAUAAAAAACCCAGUUUGACAGAGAACGAGUAUAGCCAGCCAAGCCAAGAGGAACCAUGUCAAACUGAGGCAGAUGAACAGGGAGCAGAGUGUGUUCUCUCUGUCCAGACUGAUCAACAAGCACCAUCUGUCACUCGAGGUGGAGCUCAGGAGUCCAGUCCUCCAGCAGAGGAAGCCUCAAAGAGUCCCGAACCUGCCUCGGCUGAAGUGGAGGAUUCACCCGACGAGAGCUCUGCAGAUGAGGGCGAGUGUUUCGCCGAGGCUCCGGAAGAGGAGGAGGAGGUCAUCAGUUCAGCUCUGCCCAACGGCCUCAAACCUGAGUUCUCCCGCCAUCUUCUCGACACUGAAGGUCCCAAGCCCGGCAGCUGUGUGAUGGAGCACGUGAGUGUCAGCUGUGGACAAGACCUGGAGGAGCUGCUGCUAGAAGCCAGUUUGGAGACAGGAAGAGAAGCACCAUGAGGCUGAGGGGGACUGUGAGGACGGGUGAAAUCAGCACUCAGAUUGUUUGUCUGGCUCUAUUACGUGACUGGUAGCCCGACCAUGUUUUUGCCGUUUCUUUGACUUUACCACCAACACAACCUUUCCAUAAAGGACCGAGGACGUGGUGUUACAGUCAAAGCUUCACACAAGCAAAUUAUGGACAAAAUCAUCCUCUUGAGCUCGGCUGUGACAAUUAAGGAAUCCUCCACAUCCACACUACAUCAACCACUGACAUACACGACCUACAUAUGCACAUAAGAAGAAAUAAAAUCACCCUGUUAUCACUACAUUUUGUCAAACUGCAGUCUUUACAAACAAGUAGCCUCCUGCGAGUGAGGAAGAAGAGAGAUGGGGGACAUCGGAGGGAGGAUAAAACACUAACCAAAGACAGAACAAGGACCUUUCUCACAGCGCUACUUGCUCUCAUGUGUAGAAAUAACUAGCAAUUAAAGUUUAUGUCACAACACACACGCACACACAAAGACUUAACGGUGAUAAAGAUAAACGUGGGGUUGACGGCACAAGUCAGAGGACAAAAUAACGGUGACGGACCCUGCUGAGUGGACCUGCUGGCUUUAAGCAUUUGUUCUAGAGGUGGACGUAGGUCACUGUCAGAAGCUUUUAUAUCCGAGGAAGCUGAAGAUGUUAACGUUUCUGUUUAAAUGUCAACGUUUCAUGUCUGUGUCCCCCACUCUCCUGACCAUUCUCCCCCUGCGGUAAAUAAAAAAGAAACUCUAAGGGACCUCUGCCAAAGUGACCUCCCUCCCGUCUGUUUUCUCCUCCUCCGCUCACUUUGGCCCCUCAGGUAUCCCCCCUCCGGUCCUCAGAUAUGACGUGGAGGAGCUGCAACUGUUCGUCACAAAGUCAGUUAUUUGCUCCCCAGCACUUCUGCGAAUGUUGAAAAGCAAGACGUCUGCUUCGAUUGAGUUAUUCACAGUUAAAUGGGAAAAAUAUAUAUUUUGUCCUUUUUAUUUUCUGCAACUUCAGACACUAUUAUUGCUUUUGUUCAGUCAGUCCUUGUUGUGUUUAGCAGCUCCGUCUCUUUCCCCCUCCCUCCGUCUUACUCUUUUUCUGGUACUCUGUGCCAUCUCACCGCUCUGUUCACACUCAUCAUGAUUCAUGUUGCCUUCAAACUCACCACUUCGGACUCAGUCUUUUUGUUUGGCUGCUUUCAGAAAUCAUUUAUUUUGUAUUUAUUUUAUAGCUAUAAGAGCCUUUUCUGAUUCAUUUUUCCUUGUUUCUUCUUCAUUUUAUCUUUUCUUUUCCAAUUUGGGGUUGCUUUUAACGAUAAGCCCCAUUUUUUGAUGUAUAUUUCAGAUUCAAAUUAGAGCAAAUACGUAGUUUUUUCUCUUUUUUUUUUUUGAGGGGGUGAUCUGUGUUGGGAGAAAAGGGUAAAUAUGAUUGAAUGGUUGGACCGCGGUAGCAGUCGGGGUGUAGUAACGACAGGAAACACAAGGAUGCAGCAAACAGCAACAGUUUACAUCGAAGUCCUUGUUGCGUUAACGCCACAGACACAGACACACACAAGAGGGCGCCAGUGGCUGUGUUAUUUUUCCUCCAGUGGCAACAGAACUGGGCAGCAUCAUGUGCAACAGGCGCUGGUGUCUCUGUUCACAUCCAACUCCUGUCUUGCAUUUUCCAGAUCAAGUGGUAAAACUUUACAUGAAAUGUCAACGUGUUUGCUGUUCUACCCUGCUUUGAAUUCCUCCCUUAAGCAGACACAGGCAGGUGUGUUGUUCGUUUGUUUUUUUUUAAUUUUUUUUCUUUUCUUAUUAAAAAGGAGCUGAAUUCAACCCUCCUGCUCCUCUCCACCCAACAGAUAGUUUGCCCCCCCCCCACACACUGUUUGUUAUGCUUUAAUUUUUAGAAAUUUUUAAUAAUAAUUUGUUAACUUAAUUGAAAUGUGCUGGUAAUCACAAAGAUAUGUAUGGCAAAAUUUGUUCCUCUCAAAUAAAUGCAUGUAAUGACGAAU